CCGCCCCCGCCAUGGCCGCCCCGCCCCUGCCCGGCCGCCAUGCAGCGCUGGGCGCGGGCGCUGCUCGGGGCCCUGCUCCGCGCCCCGCGGGCCCGGCCCGCCCCGCCGGCCCGGCCCGGCCCGCCCCGCCGCCCCGCCUGCAGCGCCGCCCCGGGCCCGCGGUACCGCCUGGUGUUCACCUGCAAGGUGUGCCAGACCCGCUCGGCAAAGACCGUCUCCAAGGUGGCCUACCACAGGGGGGUGGUGAUCGUGACCUGCCCGGGCUGCGGGAACCACCACCUCGUGGCCGACAACCUGGGCUGGUUCUCGGACCUGCAGGGCCGCAGGAAUAUCGAGGAAAUCCUGGCAGCCAAAGGGGAGAAGGUGAGACGUGUGGCUGGUGAGGAAGCCUUGGAACUGCUUCUGGAAAACUCAGCAGAUCCCGGGUCUGAAGGUCAGCCUGCCGAGGGAGGAGGUGGGGACACCCCCCCAGGGACUGGUGACAAGGGACAGACCUGACCGCUGGGACUUGUGGUGGCAAGAAAGACUCUUGGACUUGAUUCCCUGAUUUCAUUGGGAGUUUUCUGUGUUUAAAAUAAACCCAGGUACUCACCUUUC